ACUCAUCCGGUGCUGUUGUCGUUUAAAAACAUGUUGUGUUCUGACUGAGCUCAUUGCUGCUCUGGCGCUCGGAGCGUCUCUUCUGCUCGGUCUCGGAAACAAUUUUGGGUCGUAAAACAACUCCAAGUAGUUUACCCACAUAGGUGGUAUGAUGUUGUCACUACCGAAACUGUCCGCCAGAGGGGUGGCGGUCCUGCUCGCUACCCUCCUCCAAACACUAUCUGCGCAGGGCGCCUCAGUGCGCCACCAUCGCCUGCGAGGCGGAGACCAAGCUGGCUUCCUUGCUCCCAGCUCUGAUAUGAUCAAAGCCCUGGAGUACAUCGAAAGCUUGAAGCAAAGAGCCGAUGGACCAGAGAGCCCUACCGGGGACUAUGACGAGGUGGACAAAUUCCGAUUUCUAGUGCAGCUCGCCUCUCUACAGGAUGAGAACACACCCACGCGUGGUGAUGACGCCUCCCAUUGGCCUGAUAACAAGGUGCCACAGUGGGUUCGAUCUUUGCUGCGGAUGCUCGAACAGACUGGAGAGAGCCCAGAAAGCCAGCCAGCGCCUGGUAAUGAGCGGCGCCUUCACAAGAGCAGACGCCCAUUGGCAGACUCGGAGAGCCCUGUUGGAGACUACGGGGGCUUUGUGAAGCCGCACAAGAAGUACCCGUUGAUGUUCGAGGAUGAGGAGAACCGCAGGGACAACAAGCGGGCUACUGAGGAUUUGGAUGAGCAGUACACUCCUCAGAGCCUCGCAAACAUGCGCUCUAUAUUCGAAGAGCUUGGUAAACUGUCAGCCGUACAGAACCAGAAGCGAGAGAACCAGGAUGACGAAGACGGUGAUGACGAUGAUGACCUCUACAGGGUUAGGAACCUGGCGUACGAGGACGUGACCGGGGGGGAGGAAUGGGUGCCAUUAGAGGAGCAGCUCGAGACGGAGGAAGUAGUAAAAGGAAGCCAUGAAGAAUACGAACGAGGGUUAGGAGAUAACGGCGAGCAGGGCGAGGCCAUUGAAAGACGAGCUAUCCCCACAGAAGAGGACGAUGAGAACCCAGAGGAUGACACAAAACUCGUGGAUUACUACCUGUUGAAGGUCUUGGAGAUGACAGACCAAGCACAAAAACGGGACCUGAUGGAAGGAAGGAGGAGGUUGCUAUCCCGACCCUCUCUAAUCGACCCUAGGGCAGUUAAACAACUGCUGUCGGCCAUUUCAAUGAAGCUCCAGGUGCCUCCAGAGGACUUGGUUGGAAUGCUCUUCAUGGAGGAAACCAGAAAACAACAGCAACGCCUUCCUGAGAACCAGCUGGUUAGGAAGCCCAGCCAACCUCGGUACAAGAGCCGGGUCAUCAAGUAUUACAACGGUCGACAGCCUGAAGUCACUGUGAGCGAUAUCCCUCAUGAUGUCAAAACGGAGGACAUCCUGAAAGUGCUUGGGUUAGGGAAUCUGGCCAACAAGAAUGCAAAAUUUUCUUUGCUGAAGCAAAGGCCCUACAAAACAGCCGUGGCAAAGUACUUCAACCCAAGCGGUAGACGGGGAGGCUUGUUCCUGUCCGAGUUAAACAAAGCUCCAAGCAAAAGAAAAGACGAUUACGACGAUGACGCAGUGGAUGAGGACGAAGAGUCGACCUUCCUCGCAGCCAAACUCCUGACCGAGUACCCCGACACCAGCUCGAGCGAUCGCAAGAGAGCUAUCGAUUCCGCCGCAAAUGGACAGUUGCCUUAUGAGAUGUAUGAGGAGGCCAUGAAAGAUUUCUUUGAUCAGGUUGAUAAUGGGAAAAGCACACUCACCAAAAGAGACACCCAAGGGAAAGAGGAGGCCGAGGUGCCCCAAAAGCCACCCAGUCAAGAUUCAGUACAGGAGACCGUAGACCAAACCCCACCCGUGUCUGGGACAGAAGAGGGUAAGGAGUAUCAUGGGAAAAUGGUUGCAGGAAUGUGAAGAGCCCGAGCGUGCAUUAUUUUUUUCCCUGCUCAUAUUCUGACAAGUCCCGCCCCUUGACCUUUUAACUCUUUGAUAUGGUUGCUAUGGCUACCUGAAUGACUUCUGAACUGUCCAAAUUGCAAACUGCUCCAACUAGCCAAUCCUGCCACUGAAGGGACUUGUACGAGUAUGAACCGGGGGGAAAAAAACGCUUACCUGUGGGACAUGCCUGUAUCUCCUCAAAAGAUGUUUAAAAAAAAAAAAAAAAAAGGGUAAACAGUUUAAAGUGCUUUAGUUUUCAUGGAAUUCUAUAUGAUGUAAAUAUAUAUAUGGUAUAUCAGUGUGUGGGAAUUCAAGUGUAUUUUAUCUGUCGUUUAUGAAUUGGUGGUCCUCGAAAUGUUUUCUUGUUCCUUUUGUUGGUAUCAAGAGAAUGUUCCUGUAGUCGUAGGACUCCGCUUGCUGCAAUCUUUACAUGCUAUUUCAUUAUCAAACCAAUAAAGAUGGAUGUGAUGCUCAUUUAUAAAUCAUUUUGUACGUGUUCCAAAGUGUGAGAAGAGAAACAUGAAUAAAGCAUUACCGUAUUAUUUUUC